AUGGAUUGCUCCAUGACGAGCAGCAUCCUGUCGGCCAACUACAACACGAUCCUGUUCGAGUUCGGUGUCAUCCUGGUGAGCAGCAAGGUCCUGUACGCGCUGCUCCGCAAAGUGUACCAGCCGCGCGUCUUCUCCGACCUGCUGCUCGGCAUCAUCCUUGCGCAGUUCCGCGUGCUCUCCCUCACCAACGCCAUCAACCUCGUCUUCGGCAAGAUCGGCGGCUUCGUCUUCGCGCCCUACCUCUUCGCGCUCGGCGUCGAGAUGGACCCCACCACGCUCCUGGACGCCCCCACCGGCGACUCCGUCGUCGCCUACGCCGGCAUCCUCUCCACCUGCGUCCUCGUCACGCUCUUCCACAUGCCGCUCAUGCAGGCCACCUCGGGAGUCGUCCACGAGCGGUCCCUCCGAUCCUUCCUCGGCCUCGCCGCCGUGCUCGCCAACACCGCCUCGCCCGUCCUCACCCGCCUCACCACCGACCUCAAGAUCGCCAAGACCGCCGUGGGCCGCCUCGCCGUGGGCGCCGGCCUCGCCUCCGACAUGCUCACCACCAUGCUCAUCGCCGUGGGCAGCAUGAUCUGGCGCGACACGGGCGUGGACGGCCGCGAGUCCAACGACUCCCCGAUCGUGCAGCCGGUGCUCACGGCCGCCGUGCUCGUCGUCGUCAUCGUGUCCGCCUUCGUGUCCAGGGCCAUGGCCGAGUGGGUGGGCUCGCGCAACCCGGAGGGCCGCCGCAUGCGGGGCUUCGACCUCUCCCUCGUGGCGCUCGCCGCCGCCGCGCUCUGCUGGCUCAGCUCCGCGCUGCGCCUCAACGUGAACAUGGCGGCGUUCCUGGUGGGGCUGGCGUUCCCCAGCGAGGGCCGGGUGUCGAGGCUGCUGGUGAGCAAGACCAACUUCGUGCUCAGCUCCUUCGUGCUGCCGCUCUACGUCGCCCACGUCUGCCUGUCGCUGCGACAGACCACCGACGACAUCGAGGUGGCGGGGCUCACGCGGGACGACGGCUUCCGUGCCUACGUCAUGGAGCUGCCGUUCCCGUGGUGGAAGGUCUUCUUCGUCACCGUCAUGGGGACGCUCGGGAAGCUCACCGGGUGCGCGGCGGCGGGGCUCCUCCGGGGGCUGGGGAUGCUGGAGGCGCUGGCGCUGGGGAUGCUGCUCAACGUCAAGGGGUACUUCCACCUCUACUGCGCGCAGGCGGCGUUCGACGCGGGCAUCAUCACGGACAAGUCGUUCAUGGCCAUCAUCUUCAUGGUGGCGCUCAACGUGGCGGUGACGCCCAUGGUCGGGAUGGGCAUCGCGUCGUGGGCGCGGCGGAGCGUGCAGUGGCGGCUCAUGGGGCUGCAGCACCACGACCCGUCGACGGAACUGCGCCUCGUGGUGGGGCUGCACGGCCCGCAGGACGUGCCGACGCUGUCCUACAUCAUGGAGGCGCUGCGGUGGGGCGGCGGCGCGGGAGGUGGCGGCGAGCUGGCCGUGUACGCCGUGGACAUGGUGCAGAUGACGGACCAGACGGCGGCGGCCAUCGUGAAGGGCGGCGGAUUCGACGGCGUGACCGUGGUGGACGAGGAGGUGUCGGAGAUGCGGAAGCUCAUCGGCGAGGCGCUGGACGCGUACCAGGCGGAGUGCGGCGGCGGUGCCAAGGUGAAGGUGCGGCGGCUGCUGGCGCUGUCGUCGUUCCCGGACAUGCACAGCGACAUGUGCAUCUGCGCAGAGGACGCGAUGGCGGCGCUGGUGCUGCUCCCGUUCCACAAGGCGCAGCGGGCGGACGGCAGCAUGGAGCCGGGCCACCACGGCUUCCGGGUGGUCAACCAGAAGGUGCUGCAGCUGGCGCCGUGCUCGGUGGGGGUGGUGGUGGACCGAGGCCUCGGUGGGAAGCACGCCGCCGCCGUCGUCAGCGGCUCCAGCUCCCAGCAGUCCCAGACCCAGGCGGCGGCGGCCGUGGUGGUUGUGUUCAUCGGCGGCGCGGACGACCGCGAGGCCCUGACGCUGGCGUCCCUGAUGUCGAAGCACCCGGGCGUGCGUCUGACGGCGCUGCGCGUGGUGCAGAACGCGACGGCGCAGGCGCGCGCCAGGGCCCGGACGAGCCUGUUCGAGAGCAAGGGCAGCCGGCGCGGCGGCGGCGGCGGCGGCGGCAUGAUGGGCGCCCCGGCGUCGUCGGCGCUGGGGCAGGAGGAGGCGCAGAUGCAGGUGGACGACAAGUUCUUCGCGGAGUUCUACCGGAAGCACGUGGCCGGGAGCAAGCAGCCGGGCGCCGCCGUGGCCGCCAUCGGGUACCUGGAGAAGCACGUGGCGGACGGGGCGGAGCUGGUGGCGGUGCUCCGGGGCAUGCAGGCGGACUACCGGCUCUUCAUCGUGGGGCGCGGCAGGGACCGCAGCUCCGUGCUGACGGAGGGGCUGGACGAGUGGGCCGAGUGCCUGGAGCUGGGCCCCGUCGGCGACAUCCUCGCGUCCUCCGACUUCUCCACCACCGCCUCCGUGCUCAUCGUGCAGCAGUACGACGCCAAGAAGCACUACAAGGUCAUCGACGAGGAGUUCAUGCCCUUGUAG